CCCAGCAUUCUCUUUCACCCUCUCCCUACUUCCUCACUGUCUUUACUGUUGCUCUAUCCAUCUUUUCUCCACCUCCCUUUAUUUCUCUGACGUCCUCUUCCAUCUCCCCCACCUACCUGCCCCCCUAACUUCACCCCUGGCUUCCUCCUUUCCUUUCCAGUCCCCUUCCAGCAGAUAAUGGGUCAGAGAUGUCACCUUUUCACAUCGACAGGAAUACUUUCAGAUUUUACCUCUCCAGAAAUCUCUACAAGGAGCGCUGCCAGCUCAGAACAGACAGAUUCCAAAAAGUAGCCAAACCCCUCUCUGACCAACAGCAAGCAGAGAAACAGCAAGGGUCCAGGCAGAGAGGAGUAUCAGAAUCAUGAUAUUCUGAUCUCAUCAUGUUCAAGGAACUUAUCUUCCUGUUUCUCUUCUCUCACGUUGCAGCUGGUCGCUGGGGUAAACUGUGCAGGGGUAAUCCAACAAACAGAGUGAGGGGGACAGAUAGCUACGGCAGUGGAGCAUAUGGAGCACCCAGAGACAACGGCAGGCACUUGGGAGUUGACGUGAUCUGCAAAGAGGGAUCAGUGAUCUACGCCCCAUUCAAUGGGAAGCUGAUAAGACGGGCCAAUCCUUAUAACAAUGGUAACGAGAUUGAUAAUGGAGUGAUGUUGCGGGGAUCAGGUUUGUGUGUGAAGAUUUUCAAUUUCCGGCCUGAUCGCUAUUCUGGGCAGAUCUCAAAAGGCCAGAGGUUGGGAACCCUGCUGAAUGUUCAAGCUGUUUUCCCGGAAAUCACCUCCCAUGUGCACAUCGAGAUGUGUGACACCUCCAUCAACCCUACCCCUAACCUGUAGUUUGGGCCGGAAAGAACACCCGGAGACUUGUGUAAUUCCGAUAUAAUUCCGACCACACGUUGAGGCUGAAGAACCAAUGGGGAGAAGAUAUGGACAUUGUUUGCAGA